CUAAAAGCCGGUAUCUCCUCCAACAAAAACACUCUGUAUGUUUGUGUCCUCCGGAACAAGUCAUAUUUGUUUAUAAUAUUAAUCCCUUUGUUAACGGUGAAAAGUGCAAGGAACAAUAACAAAGAUGGCAUCGCCCUUUUCCUUGAACCAGGGCCCCUUGGACGAGGAAACCCAAGCCAUCGCCAAGGAGGAACUACGAGAGACUCCAGAAAAUAUGAAAGCGGGAAUAGAGAAGUUGAGGGAAUACCUGAAAAAUGACGAAUCACUUAAUUUUAAAGAUACCGAUGAGUACCUGACCAUUUUCCUUAGACCUUGCAAAUGGGAUCCCAAAGGCGCUUAUGAACUGAUGAAGAGAAUAGCUGAAUUUAAAGAAAAACAUAAAGGUAUUUUAGAAAAUUUGAUGCCUGAUGAUGAGAAAACUGCUUUAACAGAACAUAAUGUAGUGAAUAUAUUGACCAAUUUGGACCACAAAGGCAGAAGAGUGCUUCUCGUCUUCGCUGGAGAAACAUGGGAUCCAUCAAAAGUAACGUCAGAUCAAAUCUUCCGCAUGUUCUAUCUCAUCCACGAAAUGGCAGUGUUGGAACCCAAUACGCAAGUUAGGGGCGUGGUGGUUAUCAUGGACUACGACGGUAUGGGAAUGAAACAAGUCCGUGGACUGGGACCCGCAUUCAGUCUUCUUUUGCUGACCUUCAUCCAAGAAGCGAUGCCUUUGAGAUUAAAAGAAGUUCAUAUGGUUAAAGAACCUUUUGUAUUUAACAUGGUGUGGCAGCUAUUCAAGCCUUUUUUAAAACCAAAACUGAAGAACAGGAUCUUUUUCCACGGAAAGAAAAUGUCCUCCCUUCACAAGUUUAUGGCACCAUCACACUUGCCCAAGAACUACGAUGGGGAACUGCCAGCCAUUGACUAUUCGGGCAAAGACUGGUAUCCCGUCAUCGAAGAUCACAUGGAUCACAUGAAGUUGAUGAGCAGUUUUGGAUACAAAAAGAAAUAAGCAAAAUAUACGAUGUUGUCCUUCCUUAGUCUUCGUUAAUAAUCUCCCUAAAAUGUUUCUUUGUAAAACGUUUUUUAAUCGUAAAAAAGUCUAAAUACAUUACUCUAAUUGUCUAAUUUUAUUUAUUUUACAAAGAUACGUUGGGGAAUGACCUGUUAAUAUAAUACGAAUAUCCUUUUUUUAACUUUUAUUAUUAUUAUUUAUACCGUUAUUAAAAAAAUCAUUGAAAAUUCCGUACUGAACAUUCCAUAUUCGUUCGUAAAACAUGACCAAAGACUGGUUAAGACUAUUUUGAGUUUUAUAAUUUUUUUAUGUUUUAAUGUUUGUUGUAAAGUUAGUAUUUAAUUAAUGAUAAUUUUUUCCGUUUGAUGUUUUUUCCGCAGAAAAAUUUAAUCAUUUUUCUGCCUAAAGAUUUCAAAC